AUGUCCUCCGACCUCGUCGACUUCGAAGCAGCCUUCCCCCACGCCGACGGAGACUCCGAACGCGCCACCUCCACAACCCACCGCAAAAUCGAGCUCCAAUCCCCGCAGGACUUAACCUACCUAAUCGCCAACAUAACAACCCACGCCCACCAAAGACUCGCCUCCAAACUCCCCGCCAACGCAUCCCCCGAACUCCGCCGACAGACCCAAGCACUCAUAGACCAAUACAUAGCCUCCCUGAUCGACUCCGCCAAACCCUCCAUCUCCAUAAACGGGUUGGACGCCACGGAUCCCUCCCUCACCUCCUUGCUCGAAACAGAAGAGCUCGAUCCCUUCGACACGAAGUUGGCACAACGCGUACAAUCUCUCAGUGCACAAAUUGAAUCUCAGACGUUGCAACUGGCGAAUUUGAGGAGGAAGGCACCGCAGGAGACGGCUCAGGCUUUUAUCAAGAGUUUUGAGAAGCAGAGUGAGGAGUAUGAGGAGCGGUUGAAGCUGGAUCGGGAGGCGAGAAUGGAGGCUGCGAAGGGUGUGAGUGUGGAUGUUGGGGAGGUGGAGAGGGUGGAGGAGAUGGAGGCUACGUUGGAGAGGGGCAGGAGUGAUUUGGAGGCGUUGAAGGCGAGCGUUGGGCCGACUGUGGAGAGGAUGGAGAAGGCGAGGAAGGCGGUCGAGGUUGUUGAGGAGUAA